AUGCUGAACAACAACGGUGUAACUCCGAAGCUGCCGAGUGGGCAGCAGAUGACUCACAUGCAGCUACCGCCAGUGAUGCAAGAGCAAAUUCAAGCCAUCGCCCUGCAAGUGCUGCAGCGCCUUCUCAGUCCCCUUUUGCGUCGUCAUCGUCUGCGCAAGGCCCGUCUCCUGCUGCUGCAUCAGUACCUUGCGAAUCACGUGUCUGCCGGCGAGGUGGAGGCGGCGGCGGUGAGUGCCCUGCAACACGUUUCGUUUCUCGGCGCCGUGAUUCGCGAUGUGCACACGGCGACCAACGCCACCGGGGCAGACGGAGCGGGGGCGGCAGCGCGGUCGCCGACGUCGACCUACGAUGGCUUUGCGCCUACCACCGCCUCCCCCACCGCCUCCGUCUCUUCGCCUGUGGCGAACUCAGCUGCCGCGGCAGAAAUACGCGAGCAGGUGCGGAGUGCCAUGGCGUCGAACCUCGUGCACCUCUCCGUGUACCUGCAGGAGGAGCUGGUGGAGUGGGAGUGGGAGCCGGCGAGUGAGGUGCUCGUCUUGCUGGCCGGUGCGGUGGAGCGGCGUGGCGCCGCGGUGGCGGUGUCGCAGGCGGUGCCCGCCAGUCCGUUGUCCCUCGGACACGGUGGUGGUGGUGGUGGUGGCUCUGCGCCGGGCACGCGCCGUCAGUCCGCUGUCGCCGCGCACAUUCCCUCCCACAAGGGCAGCCUUUCCUACGGCAGACCGGUUGGUGGCUCACGCCGCGGCUCGGCGUCGAUGCAGUCGAUCACGAGCACGACCACCACGCGAAGUUUCCCGCGUCGGGCCUCCAGUGGGGCCGGUGCUGAGGGGUUGUUCCCCGCAGCGGGCGGCGGUGCUGGUCGGGCGCACACAAGCGCUCCAAUGUUGCAGGGUGCUGGUGGCGCGCUGAUGGGCGAUGCCGAUGUGCGGCAGCUCGCGGCGCCGCAGGUGUUUGGGGAGCUCGCCUGUCUCGGUGGCUUUCCGUACUGCGCGUCGCUCUCGGUGACCUCGCCCACGGCGAUCCUACUGCGCAUUUCAAAGGAAGUCUAUUGCAAGAUGGUGAGCGAGGCGGUUCCCCUGGACGGUCGGCGACGGCUGCUCGUCGAGGCGCUGCAGAUGCGGGAGCGUCUCAUGCCGUACUACGCCCCGCUCACUCCCCCCCGCCUGCUGCUCUGCCCUUUGUUGACACACCUGCGUCCGGAGCAGCUGGAGCACAUACGCGACCUGGCCAUCCCGCGCGUCUACGCAGCCGGCAUGGAGUGCUGGGAGAAGGGAAACCCGCGCCACAUCUUCUUUAUUCGCCGUGGUGUAGUGCAAAUGCAGCGGGAUAGCGGGGUGAGUGGUGGUGGUGCUGCUGGGAUGGCCGGUGCUGGUGCUGGUGCGGGUCUCAGCGCCCGCAGUGCGGCUGCCUCUGAAUUCUCCUCGCAGCAGACGGCAGCGGCCAUGUCGCGCGCGAGCUACUCGCUGGAGCUGCCGAAAAACCGAUCUAUACUGGUGGAGGGUCACACCUACGGCGAAACUGGCUGUAUCUUCGGCGACUCCCUCGGCGACCGCUACACCGCCGUCACGCAUGUAGACAUGUACCUUCUCCCUUUCCAGGUGCUGAUCCAGCUGAUGAAGCAGGUGCCCCAGGUACAGAGCACGGUGUACCGCAGCGCGCAGGAGCUGUCGCUCUUGCGCGAUAAGGAGUGGCGGGGCGUGCUGUUCGGUCCCCGGCAGUUUGGCGUGGAGCUAUCCAAUGUGCACGGCCUCGUGCCUACACAAGGGACGCUGGCCGUCAUGGCCGCCCCACCUGCCACCCAGAACACGGAGUGGCAGUCGAUGAGCAGCCGCAACAAGCGAAGCAGCAGCACGCGGCCCGACCCUUUCGGCCGUCCCAUCGGGGGCGGUGGAAACGGCGGUGAUACCCGUCGCGUGACCGUUUUCGAGGACGUACCCAACAGCGCUCGAGGGACGGCCGGCAUGGAUGAACGCACCGGUGGCGGCUUGACAGGUGGGCGGGUCUCCUCGGCGCUGCUCACGGCGAUGGAGCAGCUGCCGGUGAUCAGCCUGCUACCGACUUGCACCGCGGACUUCGUGAAGGCGUGCACGCAGCAGUGGCAGUGCAUCACCUACUCCAAGGGCGAUGUUAUCGCUUCUGCCGGGCAGGAGUGCAGCCGCCUUUUCUUGUUUUUCGAAGGCCGGGCUGGGGUGGUGCAUAACGCCGCGCUGCUGCGGGAGGAGCUGCAACCCGGACCGUUCGGCGUCGCGGAUAUCAGCAGCGUUGGCGCCGCGGCCAUUUGCCCAAUUCCGGCAGGACACGUCGUUGGCUACACCUGUGUCCGCCGUCACCGCUGGACGCACUCCAUCGUUGCCGUGGACGACGUGGUAGAGGUGUGGGAGAUCUGCCGUAGCGUGUUUGUGCAGCUGCUCCGCACCCACGGCAUGGAGCGGGAGAUGCAGGCGGUGUCGCUGCAGCUGCUGCAGCCGCUGGCGGUGCAGAAAGACCGCCUUGCCGUGCUAGACUACCAGCCCUUGCUGCACCCAAUGCCCAACUCACUGUGGCAGCAGCAGGCGGUGCCAAACGUGCACCCCGUCGUGACAAAAGAAGGCGCGGCGUGUUUUCCAGUGUGGCGCGAGGGCGACUUUCCGCUGGACCGGCGUGCGUCUUUGUCGGACAAGUCGGUGCAGAGGGGCAGCGUCGGCGAUCGGCGCAGCACCUUGAAUGCCGUCACCACUGUGAAGGUAGCGGCCAUUGUGAAUGAGCGUCAGCGCAGCAUGAGUCAGCGCGGCGUUGAUUCUCCCAAGCUAGUGAGUCAUCCCUCCGCCAGCGCAGCGGCCAUGUCCGACUCUGACAGCGGUGCACGAACUAAUUUCAUCGCCCGUCUCACCAGCGCCGCCGGAGAUAUUUAG